GGUCUGAUAGUUAAUUGUGCAAAAGUUGGAGUUUUUAACAUAAAUUGAUUCCACAUUUUUGAGACAGCAGAGAUAAUAACAGUCCCUAUUUCUUAUUCUAUAGUUGUGUUAUUUAACUGGGCGUUAGUCGGAAUAUUCUACCUAUAUUGAAUUAACAUAUGUUAUAAGUUACAGUCAAUAGAGAACGCCUCAGAGACCAAUUAGUAACUGACAAUUAGUGUGUUGAGAGAAAAGUUGUGUGAUCUUCAGAAAUACCCAAGAUUCUAUUUACCAAAAUGACAUCGACAAAUUCUCAGAUAAAUGAGCAUCUUGAAAGAAUUAUUCAAGAAAGUCCAUUAGUACCCGAAACGCUUCUUCGUCAAUGUCCUUACGAUAAAAGUCACACAAUCCUUUCGAAACAUUUUCAAACACAUAUUAUAAAAUGUGGUAAAAAUUAUAAGAAUGUUGUUAAAUGGUAUUGUGCUUUUAAUGUGUGCCAUAUUUUCACUGACUCUGAUUCGUUGGCGUUACAUAUGAAACACUGCGAAAACAGAUACACUUAUGAUCGUUACGAUUAUACGUUAAGCGACAACCAAAAUGUUAAAGUUCCUAAAGUUAUAGUGCCACCUACAGAAAUGUGGGAUGAUGAAACAACUGUUUCGGGGUACCAAAAUCAUUUGUAUUCCGAAACGGAUUCGAUUUAUCGUACUUAAUAAGGAAGAUUGAAUGGUCCUGAAGUUAACAGGUUAUUUGGUGAUUGACAUUAAGGACUUAUUUUUUAUAAUUUAUUUUUUGUGCGUUAUUUGUUUAAUAUGUGGAAUACUAUUGUGGAAUACUAUUGUGGAAUAUUAUUGUGGAAUAUUAUUGUGUUGAUUAUGGACGAAGGAAUAAUUUUUUAUAUACAUCAUUUCAAUAUUGAAUAGUUUCAAUGUUUCAUAUAAGACAAUCCCUACAUCAAUUUACAUCAAUGCAAAACAAUUUACAGGACGCCGAAUCAUUUUCCAUCUUAUAUACUAUAUGUAGUA